GAUUACCGGCUAUGAAUCACGGGCGUAAGCCGUCUGAUCCCUGAAGUUUAUCAGACACCGGACAGGUCCGACCCACGGACGACCAACAUGAGCGAGAGGUUCAGGGUCGUGCCGGUGGCCGCGCAUGAGAGCGCGUUUGGAGACGAAACGGACGGAGACACGGUGUUUGACGCCGGUGUCGGUGAGGGCGAGCGCGCGGAGCGGCGGGGGUCGGUGCCCAUCCUCCAGUACAGCAGAGAACCCAACAAAUACGGUGAUGGAAACCCAAGGGAAAGCAGCCCGUUCAUCCAUAACACAGAUGAUUAUAAGGGAACUCUAUAUGAUGGGAAAAACAUGGCACUUUUUGAGGAGGAGAUGGACAGCAAUCCCAUGGUGUCUUCGCUGCUCAGUAAACUGGCCAACUACACCAACCUCACGCAGGGCGUCAGAGAGCACGAGGAGGCCGACGAGGACGAAGGGGCCAAGAAGAAAACAGUCAAGAGUCCACAGAUGGGCACGUUCAUCGGCGUCUACCUGCCCUGCCUGCAGAAUAUCCUGGGAGUGAUUCUCUUCCUGCGAAUGACAUGGAUCGUGGGAACGGCGGGAAUCUUGGAGUCCUUUAUCAUUGUGUCCAUGUGCUGCUCGUGUACAAUGUUGACAGCCAUAUCAAUGAGUGCCAUUGCUACAAACGGUGUUGUUCCAGCUGGAGGCUCCUACUACAUGAUCUCUCGGUCUCUGGGCCCUGAGUUUGGAGGUGCUGUGGGACUGUGCUUCUAUCUGGGCACCACGUUCGCCGGGGCCAUGUACAUCCUCGGUACCAUCGAGAUCUUCCUGACCUACAUCGUGCCCAGCGCCGCCAUCUUUAAGGCAGAGGAGAAGGCGCUGGAGGCCGAGGCCAUGCUGAAUAACAUGCGUGUGUACGGCACGUGUUGUCUAACACUCAUGGCUGUGGUGGUGUUCGUUGGUGUGAAGUACGUCAACAAGCUCGCGCUGGUGUUCCUGGCCUGUGUGGUGCUGUCCAUCCUGUCCAUCUACGCUGGCGUCUUCAAAACCAUCUUUGAACCUCCGGUUUUUCCGGUCUGUUUGUUGGGCAACCGCACCCUGCAGAACCACGGCUUUGACAAGUGCAUGAAGACCGAUAUAAUAGACAACGUGACCGUGACCACGAGGCUCUGGGCUCUCUUCUGUAACGGGCCGGAGCUCAACGCCAGCUGCAAUGAAUACUUCAGCCUCAAUAACGUCACCGAGAUCCAGGGCAUUCCCGGCCUCACCAGCGGAGCCAUUUCAGAGAACAUGUGGGGAAGCUACGGUCCCGCUGGCAUGAUGGUGGAGAAAGACCUCCCGUCGGUGCCGGCGAUCGCUUCGCCUCAGGACAAGGACAUGCCGUAUGUGGUCAACGACAUCACCACCUUCUUCACACUGCUGGUGGGAAUCUACUUCCCCUCGGUCACGGGAAUCAUGGCUGGAUCCAACAGAUCCGGGGAUCUGAGAGACGCUCAGAGGUCCAUUCCCAUCGGAACCAUCCUCGCCAUCGCAACCACCACCAUCAUCUAUCUGUCCUGCGUCGUGUUGUUCGGCGCCUGCAUCGACGGUGUGGUGCUCCGAGACAAGUUUGGAGACUCUGUGAAAGGCAACCUGGUGAUUGGCACGCUGUCCUGGCCCUCGCCCUGGGUGAUCGUGAUUGGCUCGUUCUUCUCCUGCUGUGGGGCGGGGCUUCAGAGUCUCACCGGCGCCCCCCGUCUGCUGCAGGCCAUCGCUCGAGACGGCAUCGUGCCCUUCCUCGAGGUGUUUGGUCAUGGCAAAGCCAACGGAGAGCCGACGUGGGCUCUUCUUCUGACGGCUCUGAUCUGUGAAAGUGGGAUUCUCAUCGCUUCUCUCGACGCUGUGGCGCCCAUCCUUUCAAUGUUCUUUCUCAUGUGUUAUCUGUUCGUAAAUCUGGCCUGUGCACUUCAGACGCUCCUGAGGACGCCCAACUGGAGACCACGCUUCAAAUUCUACCACUGGACUCUGUCGUUUCUCGGGAUGAGUUUGUGUCUGGCUCUGAUGUUCAUAUCCUCCUGGUACUACGCUCUGGUGGCCAUGCUCAUCGCUGGAUGCAUCUACAAAUACAUUGAAUACCGCGGGGCGGAGAAGGAGUGGGGCGACGGGAUCCGGGGUGUUUCCCUCAAUGCGGCGCGCUUCGCUCUCAUCCGGUUAGAGGAGGCGCCUCCACACACCAAAAACUGGAGACCUCAGCUGCUGGUUCUCCUCAAUCUGGACACUGAGCUGUCGGUGAAACACCCUCGUCUCCUGUCCUUCACCACACAGCUGAAAGCUGGGAAAGGUCUGACCAUCGUGGGCUCAGUGCUGGAGGGAACGUACCUCACCAGAGACACUGAGGCCAAACAAGCAGAACAGAACAUAAAAUCAGCCAUGUCCGCAGAGAAGACGAAGGGCUUCUGCCAUGUUGUGGUGUCGUCGAACCAGCGCGACGGCAUCUCUCACCUGGUCCAGUCCGCCGGCCUCGGAGGAAUGAAACACAACUCUGUUCUGAUGGCCUGGCCCGGGAACUGGAGACAGUCGAACGACCCGCAGUCCUGGAAGAGCUUCAUAGAGACGGUCCGAGAGACGACUGCCGCCCAUCUGGCUCUUUUGGUGGCCAAAAACGUGGACAGUUUCCCUCAUCAGGAGCGUCUCAGUGAAGGAACCAUCGACGUGUGGUGGAUCGUUCACGACGGGGGCAUGCUGAUGCUUCUGCCCUUCUUACUGCGACAGCACAAGGUGUGGAGGAAGUGCAAGAUGCGCAUCUUCACCGUGGCUCAGUUAGAUGAUAACAGCAUCCAGAUGAAGAAAGACCUGCAGAUGUUCCUCUAUCAUCUCCGUCUGAACGCUGAGGUGGAGGUGGUGGAGAUGCAUGACAGUGAUAUCUCAGCGUUCACCUACGAGAAGACUCUGGUGAUGGAGCAACGCUCUCAGAUGCUGAAGCAGAUGCAGCUCUCGAGGACUGAGCGCGAGCGAGAGAUUCAGAGCAUCACGGAUGAGUCGCGUAGCUCUAUUCGGAGGAAGAACCACAGCGGAGCUCACGGCUCAGGCCUCAAUAACCAGAACAGCCAACUAGAUGAGGAGAAACAAGAGGAGGCUCAGCUGAUCCACGACAGGAACACAGCGUCUCACGCGGCGCUAAACGACAAGGCCGACGCGGCGCCGGAGCGAGUCCACAUGACCUGGACCAAAGAGAAGUUCUUCACCGAACGCAACCGCAACCGAGAGCACAACGCAACCAUGGCCGUGCGAGACCUCUUCAACAUGAAACCCGAAUGGGAGAGUCUGAACCAGUCGAACGUGCGCUGCAUGCACACAGCGGUCAAACUGAAUGAGGUGGUGGUCAACAAGUCUCAGGGUGCACAUCUGGUGCUCCUCAACAUGCCUGGCCCACCGAGGAACCGCGGCGGCGAUGAAAACUACAUGGAGUUUAUGGAGGUUAUGAUGGAGGGUCUCAACCGGGUCCUGUUGGUGCGCGGCGGUGGCCGAGAGGUCAUCACCAUAUAUUCAUAAAGUGGAUCGUGGCUCCACCGGCAGGAAUUCUGUUUAUUAUUUUUUCCCAGAGCAGAGCGGGGCGUCAUGAAGACCCAGUGGUUUUCUAUCCGCAUCACGUCCAGCUGCGUUUAUCAGGAGACCGAGACAUUUAUGAUCUCCUGAAGAAGAGACUCAACGUGAAGCACAUAUGAAAGCGGAGAGACGAUCCAUAACGACACUUUAAUUUAUGCUCAUUGACUGUUUCCUCGUUCUCUUUUAUUUGUUCGUACUAUGGUAGUUUUAUGUCUGUGUAUUGUGCAUCAUUUGCCUGUGGCAGU